AUGUUCCUCUCCCUGUAGCUCUCUUCUUCAUGGGUGGUAUUAACAAAAGUGUGGACCUGAGCCCUGGUGGAGCUAGCAAUGCUGUGUUCAGUGACAUCACCUUGGCACCGGGUCCUUUUGGAAAUCCAAAUGGUUCCUUGUUUUUAGGAACUAGCAAUAGCCAUAUGGAAUUGGAAAAUCGCGGAGAAAUUGAUACAAGGUUUUCUAUAAGUGUAUUUGCUUGGGUGCAUCUCAGUAAUUCUAGCACUGGUCAAAUAAUAGAUUACGGUUGCUCGAUGACGGUCUUCCAUUCAACGCUCGGAGUUGAAGCACUUUUUAAGGAACGGGACAGUUCUAAGAGUUACCUCCUGCAUAAGAGGGGCGUUCUAAAAGCAAACUCUUGGAAUUUCAUCGGCGUUACGUAUGACUACUUCAGCGGUAUUGCAACUAUGUGGGUUAACGAGAACAUCGUGAUGCGAAAAGUUUUGUUUGCUAAAAUGGAGUUAGCGACUCAUGGGAAUAUUAUUGUUGGAGCCUCCAAAAAUAGAAAGAUGCAAUUCCGUGGCAGGAUUUCUUGCUUGCAGUUUUAUGAACAAGCAUUAUCUGAGGAUCAAAUCAUGAAGGUUAAAAUACGAUGUAAUAAAACUGGUAAGUGGGUUUAA